AUGUCAAAGCUCCGCGUACUAGCCCUACACGGCUAUGGCCAGAACACGCGUAUCUUUCGUGCACAGGGAAUGCGAAACAUCGAGUUCGUAUUCCUCGACGCUCCCCAUAUCCUCUAUUGUCCUACACCACCCACUGCGUCCCUGGUAGACGACAACGGUUUCCCCCUCCCCCCUCCUCUCUUCCCUUCUCCGGAGGACGCACCGCGUGGGUGGUGUACGUCCAACGCGGAGAAGACGCGUUAUUACGGGCUUGACGCGUCCUUAGAGCCUGUAAGGGCGCUGUUGGCAAGGGAGAGAAUUGACCAGCAUAUAUCUGUGCUUACGUACGUCUCCCUUGCACGCAGGGCACAAGAGAUGAUUAACCCCUCGCAGCUAGCACAUCCCUCCUUGCACCCGCUGUUCGCCAACCUCUCCCACCCACCGCUGAGGUUCGCACUCCUCUUCUCUGGUUUCCCACCCAGAGACCCACCGCUCUCAUCCCUCUCCACACCCUCCCUCCACGUGCUGGGACGAACGGACACCCAUAUGCCGCACGCUGACUCGCUGGCGCUUGCGCGGCUGUGUCGAGGUGGGCGGGUGGAGAUGCACGAAGGUGGUCAUUGGCUGCCUACUAAGAAAACCUGGAGGGGGUUUCGGAGUGCAUAUAUGCGUGGUUUUCUGGAUCGAGGCGAGAGUAUAAGCAGAGAGCUGAAGAGCCCGGUGCCUUGGGGGGCAUGUGGGGAGGGGAGGGGGAGAGGAGAUGGGUUGCUCUCCUGCUUUGCGCCUGUUUUACAGGUAGAGACGCAAGCAGAGUUGGACGAGCCGCCGUCCCCCUCGGUACAUUCAUCGUAUCCUUCAUCGUCGUUGGCCGUAUCUUUUUCCUCAAGACUCGGGGAGCCGAUCCGAGUGCCGGUGGAGCAGCCAGCCGCAGCUUGGGUUGGGACGUCUUUCCCGGUCGGGGGUGACUCUUGCGCCUCCCCCUCAGGACGCGACAUGUCUCCCUUCGACAAAAUAAGGGGGCCGAUUCAGCAGCGAGUGGAAAAGCGAGCGCCUGACGCGGAGGGUACACCUAUCGGUUCAACACUCCCGUCGUGCGCCUCAUCGGCCCAACUUGCGAUAUCUCUCCCGAUAACAACCAAGUCCACUUUCAGCUCGCACCAUCAUCUUGCCCCCGAAUCCGGCAGUUUGCUCUCACCCGAUCGGCCCUCCCAUCUGACCGCAAGCAUAAGUGUAACCGUAACCGCCGAAAUCAUGAUCCCGAUCGCCACUCGGCCAGGCCCGCGAUGGGUGAGAUGA